GCCCGCGCCCGCGCCGCCCGUUUCAAGCCCGUUUCAGGCGCGUUUCAAACCCGUUGGCACCGGGCUAGCAGCUCCAUCACGUCCGCCGCCCUGGCCGCCCGCGGAGCUCCCCGGGCAGCCAGGCCCUGCCCGCAGUCCGGCCAGCAUGGGCAGCCUUGUCUUCCAGGAUGACUUUGAAGAAGAGAAGAACUCAGCGUUCACCUGGGAGGUGAAGGCCAACAACCGAGCCUACAACAGUCAGUUCAAGGAGAAGUUCUUCCUGUGCUGGCUGAGGAAUAAAUACAAGACCAACUUCAUCCAAACGGCGAAAUACAACACCUUCUCCUUCCUGCCCCGGAACCUGUAUGAGCAGUUCCACCGUAUGUCCAACCUCUACUUCCUCCUGGUCAUCAUCCUCCAGAGCUUCCCCGCGAUCUCCACGCUGCCCUGGUUCACACUCUUUGCUCCGUUCGUCUGCCUCCUCCUCAUCAGAGCAACCCGGGACCUGGUGGACGACAUAGGGCGGCACAGGAACGACAGAGCCAUCAACAACAGGCCCUGCCAGAUCCUGAUGGGGAAGAGGUUCCUGUGGAGGAAGUGGAAGAACAUCUGCGUGGGAGACCUGGUCUGUCUCCACAAAGACAGCAUUGUCCCGGCUGACCUGCUGCUGCUGGCCAGCACGGAGCCCAGCAGCUUGUGCUAUGUGGAGACAGCUGACAUCGACGGGGAGACCAACUUGAAGUUUAGACAGGCCCCGAUGGUCACCCACCGCGAGCUGACCAGUAUGAAGCGGAUGGAGUCCUUCCAGGGCAAGGUCGUGUGUGAGGAGCCCAACAGCCGGCUGCAUCAUUUUGUGGGCUGCUUGGAAUGGAAGGGCAAGAAGUACCCUCUGGACAGCGGUAACAUCCUCCUGCGUGGCUGCAAGAUCCGCAACACAGACACCUGUUACGGAAUGGUCAUCUACGCUGGCUUUGACACAAAGAUCAUGAAGAACUGUGGCAAGUUCCACCUGAAGAGAACCAAGAUCGAUCUUCUGGUGAAUAAGCUGGUGGUCCUGAUCUUCCUGUCCCUGGUGCUGAUCUCUUUGGCGUUGACCUUGGGCUUCUGGUACCAGGUGCGAGAGUUCAAGGACAAUCACCACUACGUACCCCAGGGGCACGGCUACGGUGUGCUCAUGGAGUCCUUCCUCAUCUUCUGGGGCUUCCUCAUCCUCCUCAGUGCCAUGGUGCCCAUGGCCAUGUUCAUCAGCGCGGAAUUCAUCUACCUGGGGAACAGCAUCUUCAUUAACUGGGACGCGCAGAUGUACUAUGAGCCCAAGGACCUGCCCGCCAUGGCCCGCAGCACCAGCCUGAACGACCAGCUGGGCCAGGUGGAGUACAUCUUUUCCGACAAGACGGGCACCCUCACCCAGAACAUCAUGACCUUCAAGAAGUGUUGCAUCAAUGGCUAUGUCUACGGUCCAGACGAGAAGUCCUCGUAUAUGGUGAACCCCUACCUCUGGAACAAAUUUGCUGACGGGAAGUUGCUCUUCCACAACGCUGAGCUCCUGCAUGCGGUGCAAAGCAAGAAGGACAGGAUGGUGCAGGAGUUCUGGCGCCUGCUGGCCAUCUGCCACACCGUGAUGGUGCAGGAGAAGGGCAACCAGCUGUUGUACCAGGCAGCUUCCCCGGAUGAGGAGGCGCUGGUCACAGCAGCCCGGAAUUUCGGCUACGUGUUCCUGUCGCGCACCCAGGACAGCAUCACGGUGAUGGAGCUGGGCAAGGAGCGGGUGUACAAGGUCCUGGCCAUGAUGGACUUCAACAGCGUGCGGAAGCGGAUGUCAGUGCUGGUCCGCAACCCCGAGGGCGCCAUCUGCCUCUACACCAAGGGCGCGGACACCGUCAUCUUCCAGCGGCUGCGCAGGAAAGGCGAGAUGGAGUGGACCACAGAGGAGGCCUUGGCUUCCUUCGCCCAGCAGACCCUGAGGACCCUGUGCCUGGCAUACAAGGAGGUGGACGAGGACACUUACGAGCAGUGGCGCCAGCAGCACCAGGAGGCCAGCAUCCUGCUGCAGAACCGGGCCCAGGCCCUGCACCAGGUGUAUGAGGAGAUGGAGCAGGGCCUCCAGUUGCUGGGAGCCACAGCCAUCGAGGACAAGCUCCAGGAUGGCGUCCCUGAGACCAUCCAGUGUCUCAAGCAAGGGAACAUCAAAGUGUGGGUACUCACAGGGGACAAGCAAGAGACGGCUGUGAACGUGGCCUUUGCCUGCCGACUGCUCUCGGAGAACAUGUUCAUUCUGGAGGAGAAGGAGAUAGUUCGGGUCCUGGAGACCUACUGGGACAGCAACAACAACCUGCAGAAGACGAAGGGGCCUCUGGAGGGCACGAUCUUGCCACAGGUCAAGAUGGCCAUGGUCAUCAGCGGGGAUUUGCUGGACCGGCUGUUCCUGUCCCUGCGCAAGGAGCCUCGGGUCCUGGUCCACAACGCGGACGAGUCCUGGCUCGAGCCGGGGAAGCAGAGGGCCGACUCCCUGCAGGCCCGGCGGGUGUCCCAGUUAUGGCAGCUCCUUGGGCUGCAGCGGAGGAGCAUGAGGUCGGACCCUCAGGACCAGGAGUUCCACACCCACGAGAAGCUCGAGGUGCAGCGGGAGCGGGCUUUCGUCAACCUGGCCUUGAAGUGCCAGGCGGUCAUUUGCUGCCGGGUCACCCCCAAGCAGAAGGCCUUGAUCGUGGCACUGGUCAAGAAGUACCAGAACGUGGUGACCCUGGCCAUCGGGGAUGGUGCCAACGACGUCAACAUGAUCAAGACUGCUGACAUCGGCGUGGGGCUGGCCGGCCAGGAGGGCAUGCAGGCCGUGCAGAACAGCGACUACAUGCUGGCUCAGUUCUGCUUCCUGCAGAGGCUGCUGCUGGUACACGGACGUUGGUCUUACAUGCGCGUCUGCAAAUUCCUGCGCUACUUCAUCUAUAAGACGAUAGCCAGCAUGAUGGUCCAGAUCUGGUUUGCUUUCUACAGCGGCUUCACUGCCCAGCCGCUGUAUGAGGGCUGGUUCCUGGCGUUCUUCAACCUGCUCUACAGCACGCUGCCCGUCCUCUCCAUUGGGCUUUUCGAACAGGACGUGAGCGCAGAGCAGAGCCUGCAGCUGCCGGAGCUCUACAUCGCGGGCCAGAAGGACGAACUCUUCAACUACUGGGUCUUUUUCCAAGCCCUCGCCCACGGCCUGUUCACGUCCCUGGUCAACUUCUUUGUGACCCUGUGGCUCUACGAUGACGUGUCCGGGCCAACCGGUUUGAGCGACUAUCAGUCUUUCUCAGUGGUCAUGGCGCUGUCGGGCCUGCUGUCCAUCACCAUGGAGGUCAUCCUCAUCAUCAAGUACUGGACAGUCCUGUCAGUGCUGACCAUCCUCCUCAGCUUGGGCGCGUAUGUGGUCAUGACCUGGGCCACCCAGAGCUUCUGGCUCUUCAAAAUCUCCCCGAAGACCUUCUCGUUUCUGUAUGCUGACCGCAACGUGCUGGCCCACCCCUUCUUCCUGCUGGUGAUCCUGCUGAACGUGUCCAUAAACACCCUGCCAGUGCUGGCUCUGCGUGUCAUCUACCAAGCCCUCAAGAAGCCACGCCCCAAGGUGGAGGCGGAGACCCCGAGCGAGGAGAUCCUCACCGUGGAGACAGCACACUAUUUGCAGCGGGCAUCGCGCGUCCGGCGCUCCAGCUACGCCUUCUCCCACCGCGAGGGCUACGCAGACCUCAUCACGCAGGGCACCAGUCUCCGGACACCGACGGGGGUCAGCAUGCUGGCUGACCGCGGGGUGCCCUUCGAGGACGAGCUGCAGUCCGGCCCAGACGAGUUGCCCUGGCACGCCAGGGAGUUGCCCACGCUGGGGAAGAAGCACAGGCACAGGGCGAGGGCGCCCUCGGAGGACGUGCAGCCCGCGGCGGGGGCUGCCUCCUGGCUGGCUCCCGCCGCCGCGCAGUCCCCUUCUUACCUGGAAAACCAGUUCCCCGUCACGGAGAACUUGCUCCCCACCGAGGGCUGGCAGUCUGGGCUUCUGCAGGGGACCUCGUCCACAGCGAUGACGCCGGAGCCCCCACACUUGCACGAGCACUGAGCACGUCCACCUCCUCAGAGUCCACCGCCAGCCAGCUGUCAGCCAGACACCCACUGUCCUCCCUUGAGGAGCCCAGGAAAGCCAGCCGCCGCGUGGCGAGACUCAGUCACGGCUCUCAGAGUCUAUCAGCACCCCUGGAGAAGAGCAUGUCCCUUUGGGUGAUUUCAGGGCCACAUGUCUGGCAAAAGGAGCCCCCCCAAACAGGGCUGGUGGCCCUUCCCCUUGAGACCCACCAUCUCUGGUGGAAACUGCAGAGAUGGGAGAAUCCACAAAAGCGCAGCCGGACUCAGGCAGCUGGCCCCGACACCUGUGCCCAGAGAGAGACAAGUGCCACCUGGUUGGGUGGUGAAGCCACCCUGUCUCCAGAGGGUGUGACUUCCCAGGCUUCGAGAAUGUCAACCAGCAAGUACCAGGUCUUUUCCCAAAGACAUGGGCUCUCCACCCUUUUCUUUUUCUAAUAAAUUAGGGCCCAUCUGCCCCCAG